AGAAACAGGAAGUGAAGAAAGACUGCAGGCAGAAACAAAAAAAAACAACAACAUUGGAGCAAAAUUGAAUCCAAAAAUGGAUAAUCAGGAGUCUAAGUCAAUGAGUAACGAUUCACGUUGCGUAUUGUUUAACACACAUUCAGAAGACUAUCGAUGUGUGCUGAUUUUAUCCGUAAAGCGAGCGACAGGAACCUUCUCCUUAGUAGGAUGCCUUUUCAUGCUAUUUGUGAUCUGGCUGCUUCGCCGGUAUCACUCUCUGGCUCAGAAAAUGAUUCUCAGCCUGACUGUAGCAGCCUUCUUCGACAGCACAGCAUAUGUCAUGGGUGAGUCACAUCCAGAGGGAUCGCUUUGUGACUUCCAGGCCUGGUGGCUAACGUACUUUGACUGGAGUGCCUUGGCCUGGGUUUGCCUCAUCACGCUGAACCUUUACCUCAACCUGGUCAGAGAAGUGAGCACCAACAGAUAUCACAUGAUGUACCAUCUGAUGGCGUGGGGGGUUCCUCUAGUCAUGGCCUCUUUGCCGCUGCUAAAGGGUUACUACGGCCCAGCAGGAGCCUGGUGCUGGAUCACAGACCAUCACGUAGCCUGGAGAUUUGGGAUAUGGUACGUGCCCCUGUUCGGCCUCAUCUUCCUGAUGAUCCUCUGCUACGCCAGGAUCAUCUGCGUGGCCAAUGAGAGGAUGCAGUCAUGGUUGGGAACCUUCAACCCAGAGAGAGAGAGACGAAAGGUCUCUUUGGCGGAGGAGAUCAAACCGUUGAAGUGGUAUCCCUCCGUCUACCUGCUGGUGUCUAUCUUUCCUCUCAUCAACAGGCUCCAUAACGCCUUCUACCCAAAGGAUCCCUCCUUCCCUCUCACCCUGUUGCACGUCCUGUCAGCACCGCUCCAUGGGUUGGCCAACGCCUUCGUCUUCGGUCUGGAUAGAGAUUGGUGGAGCCUGCUGAGCCCUACUGGCAUGCAGCUGGCUCUGCAGUCGCGGCUGUGUGACAGGACUCGGAUUGGAGAGUACCACCCUGGGGCGGUGCGCUACACGCAGGCUGACCUGGUUGACCUCAGCGAUGACGACGACGAUGACACCAACGUGCUCUUCUACUCCCCUGACAUGACCCUGAAAGACAGAGGGCCCUGAGAGAGAGAGAGAGAGAGAGAGAGAGGAGCAGGAGGGAGAGAGAGAGAGAGACAAAAGCAGAACAGAAACGCAGCGGAUUAGAAACCGAGAGGUAGGGAGGGAAGAGGAGGGAAGAUUGGGGGGGACAGUCAGCCAGAUAGAAGCUGGAGAUGAGCUGUCAGGUUCCAUUAUUAAUCCUCAUCCUUUACUAUUUAAUAUCCUAAAGACACACACACACACACACACAUACUGAGCAGAGGAGUUCUCCCUGCAAUACCACCACCACCACAGAGGAGCAGAUCUAAAGAGCCUCCUAUGUUGAAGGCAUCGUAAAAAGAUCCUAAAAUGAUUUCCCGUUGCGCAGGGCCGUCUUCUCGACUCCUGCGUUCUGCAACGUUUCGGCAUAUCGCAAAAAUAAAAACCAGACUAAGUAAGAAAAACAAAAAAGAAUGCCGAAAGGCAGUUGCAACAAGGUGUUAGUUUAGCAUUUGCAGUAAUUACCUUUUUCACUUCUCUGCAGGGGGUGCAGUGGAAAGCAGGCCUUUUGUUAAAAAACAAAAAGCACCUUUUUUGCCUGUGAUGAGAAAGCAUUUAUACUGAGAUUGGUCGGCGUACUGAAUACUUUCUCUUGCUGUAUAAUGGGGUAUGUGGCAACAGUGAAGAUAGGGGAGGGGGUUUUUAAAGACGAGAGAAGAAGACUCUGAAGGACAAAUACAUUUCAGACCACGAGUGUUAAGUGCAGCGCAGUAAUUCUCUCCUUCCUCAGGCAGUAUUUAUUUCCUCUUUAUCGUCUUUACAUUUGGUGUUGUUGAAAACUUUCGCACAAGUAUUCCUUUUUUUUUGUAUUUUUUUAUGACAAUACUGCAUUUGUUUGUUAUACUGUAUUUAUAACAGAUCGAUGUACUCUAUAUAUUUAAAUGUAUGCUCUAUUUUUGUACGUGCCUUGGACUUGGAUUAUGAAGAGAAAAAAAAGCUUCUCUUGGUCCAACAAAAACCUGCUGCUCUCAAGUUACUGUCGAGCAGAGCCUGAUUCAAUACAUUGAGCCUUAAGAACGAACGAACGAACUAAAAGAUAACGUUACUAAUCAGAUACACACUCCCCCACACACGCACGCUUAUAUGCAAACACACGUUAUUUCUCUCGUCACAACAGGUUCAGGAAAAGAUGACACGUGCGGUAGGUAGGUAGGUAGGUAGGUAGGUAGGUAGCCACGGCAUAGCAACAGCCUUCAGUGUUCAUCAUCUCACGGCCCUCGUGUUUGGCACUGAGGGGGACCAAGCUGAGGUGUGAUGAUAGGCAGAAUGAAAGAAAGUUCUUUUUUAUAGUCAACCUCAGUGCAUUUUGGUUUUUUUUUUGCACAGAUCUAGGUGAUUGUUAUCACUGUGGGUGCCUGCCGUCGCCUUUUCUGCUUUCUCUUUGACAAGGUGAAGUAAUGAUCUGACACUUGACACUUUUUUUUUUACCCUUCAGGUGUUGAACUUUUCUUCUGGGGGGGGGGCGUCAAUAUCACCCGAGUGCAACUUUGGUUUGCUAUUCACAAGAGCCCAAACACUAUUAAACACACACACACACACACACACACACACAUAUACACACACACUUGAGCUGUGCCAUACCCCUCUUUUGGCACUGCUGCUGUUUUGACUUGACUGUACACUCCAUCAAAUAAAUGAGCAGCAGAGACAUUUCAUAACAAAGCUGA